CUGAACACAACGCCAAUCUCUCUCUCUCUCUCUCUCGAUUGCUAUCUCCAUCCCGAUCUGCAAAACACGGUAAAAGAUCGUAGAUGUCCGGAUUCUGAUCCUGCAUUCUCUUCAAAUCCCAUUGCCUUGGAUUCAUUUCCGCCAUUUCCGUUUUUUCCGAUCUCAAACCGUCUAGAUCCGACCUUAAAAACCAUUUUCUCCGAUCCCAUUCUGCUCAGCUCCGAAACAGGAUUUCCGACUUUGAGCGGUAUCAGAAACAGGGUUUCUGAGUGUUUGGAAAUCUGUACUUUUAGAGGAUUUUGUUUUUCUGCAUUGAUGAAGAUAUUGAAGACAUGUAUGCCUUGAUUUUCAACGAUCUCCGACUCGUUUUUGGGGCUGGUUUGGAGAAUCUGACUCCUGAUUGGUGGAUUUCUGCUUCGAAACCGUAGACGCGGUUAUAAGAAGAAGUGUAGAUUGUGAUUGGGACGGUGUUCGGUUCUGGCGAUGGAUCCGUUGUCCGAGAUCAGUGAGGAGCUUGCUAACAUUGAUGGACAGAUCAGCGACAUCCUUCGUGCGCUAUCAAAUGGAUUCCAGAAACUGGAGAAGAUUAAAGACUCAAACAGGCAGAGCCGGCAAUUGGAAGAACUUACGGGAAAGAUGCGGGAAUGUAAGAGGCUUAUCAAAGAGUUUGACCGAGAAGUUAAGGAAGAGGAAAGUAGAAAUACUCCAGACACCAACAAAAUGCUCAAUGAGAAAAAACAAUCAAUGAUUAAAGAAUUGAAUUCCUAUGUUGCUCUCAAAAAACAGUAUGCAAGCAGUCUUGACAAUAAGCGGGUUGAUCUCUUUGAUGGGCUUGAUGGCGGAGGGGGGUUUGUGGAAGAUAAUGUUCUACAAGCUUCAUCUAUGAACAAUCAACAGUUAAUUGAUAGUGGAAACCGAAUGAUGGAUGAGACAGAUCAAACUAUCGAGCGGUCGAAAAAGGUUGUUCACGAGACCAUCAACGUUGGAGCCGAUACAACAGCUGCUCUCAAAGCUCAGACUGAACAAAUGAGUAGGAUUGUUAAUGAGCUGGACUCCAUCCAUUUCUCAAUCAAGAAGGCCUCUCAACUGGUUAAGGAAAUUGGUAGACAGGUUGCAACUGACCGAUGUAUUAUGGCUUUGCUCUUCCUAAUUGUUCUUGGAGUGGUAGCAAUCAUGAUUGUGAAGAUUGUAAAGCCAAAUAACAAGGACAUUCGGAAUAUCCCUGGAUUCGCCCCGCCAGCGCUUAACCGGAAGCUUCUCUGGGAUCUGAACUAGAGGUGAAAACAAGAGCUGAAUUUUUCACACUGAGGAGAAUUGCCAAUAUCAGGUCUUCUUGGUCAAGCUGCCGGGCUUCAUUUGCUGGAUGUUCAAAGCAUCUCAUGACCACCGAGGCGAUUUGGAUUCCACAACAUGCCGACAGUAGUAGCGGUAUUCCUGUGAUUAUUCCGUGGCUACUUUUUCUACCUUAUAUUUUCUUUUCUUUUUUUAAAUUCAAUAGCCCUUACAUAUGUAUGAUCAGGUCAAAUUUUCCCUAAUGUCAUGAAAUUCUCUUCUCGUGGUUCAAUUUAUAGAAAUCUAGACACUGAUUUUCAA